GCAUAAAAUACUAUACUCUCUCUACUAUAUAUACUGAACGUUACAGAAGAAAACCGUUGUGAUGUCGACUGAGAACUGAUGCUCGACUCUUAUUUUUCAACAUGAUGUUCGACUUAAAUACCACCCCUGCCCAGCUUAUAAUGGUCUACAAGGUCUGCAGUCGUCACCGUCGUGGCUUCUGCGACAAAGUAGCGUCGUUUUUCCCUCUGUGACGACUACAGAAGACCGGCUAAAUUGUCGGAACUUUUUAGGUUUGGUGCGUCAAUAGAGGACCAUGUAUGUUUUCGAUUUGUGUCGUAAUUUUUCUUCGGAGUUGUGCCCACUUUCUUCAUGUUUAUUCCACCAAAAGUCGAACUAGGAUUUUCUCCAUAUCUUCAGUGAACCCUCUCACAACAGAUGAGCAAGAGUGCUUCGUUUCUAGACCAAAUAACGGCGGGUGAUUGGAAAAAUAUGGAGUUGUUCAGUUCUCCUAUCUUCAAGUCCUUUGUGGCUGGCUCCCUAAGUGGGACCUGCUCCACUGUCUUGCUGCAACCCUUAGACCUAGUCAAGACUCGGAUCCAGUCGCCGGCUGUGCUUGAGCACAACCACCGAGGGAUCCUGUACACCAUCAGCAAUGUUAUCCGCCAUGAGAAGAUCCUCGGUCUAUGGAGAGGUGUUGUUCCUAGUGUCUCAAGAACAGUUCCCGGUGUGGGGUUUUACUUCUGUUCCCUUCAUACACUCAAGACAAAAACAGGAUGGACAGAUCCCAAUCCUCUACAAGCCAUAUCCCUAGGCAUGGUGGCACGCUGCAUUGCCGGGGGUAUCAUGCUUCCUGUAACAGUCGUCAAAACUCGCUAUGAGAGCAAUGCUUACGGCUACAAGUCUGUCAGAGGAGCAUUGAAAAGCAUCUACAAAACUGAGGGCACAAAAGGCCUCUUCAGCGGGAUGAUAGCCACCCUGAUGCGCGAUGCCCCCUUCUCUGGCAUCUACCUGGUGUUUUACACACAGACUAAGAAAGCCAUCCCACCAGACUGGAAGACUUCCCACAUGAUGCCCACUAUCACGUUCGGUUCAGGCCUGUUGGCUGGUGUGCUUGCCUCGGCUGUCACCCAGCCUGCUGACGUCAUCAAAACACACAUGCAACUCUACCCCAACAAGCACAAGAAAGUCAUCGCAACAGUGCGAUAUGUCAUACAGGAGAGUGGUAUGAGCGGCCUACUGCGAGGCAUGCUGCCUAGAUGCUUGAGGAGAACACUGAUGGCAGCUCUCGCCUGGACUGUAUAUGAAGAGGUGAUUGUAAAAUUUGGGAUGAAGUAAUAGCCUUGUGUGCCUCAGGUACUUGCUCCAGAUGAGAAGACACUGGACCACCAGAAUAUAUUGAUGAUGUCCAGAAACAUGGAUUUCCGAGAGAAGGAGCUCUGAUGAAGAGUAGGCCCUGACUUCAAAAAUAUAGCCCAGGACACUUACAUGUAUGUAAACCCCUGCAGAAUGUAAAUAAUAGUGUUUUGUUGUACAGUAUACAUUGCCUCCCGCUGGGCUUAGCCUUUAAAAAGAAAAUGAAUUCAUUCAAAAUUUGCGGCCAGUUUAAGACAACUGAAAACUUAACACUGGGCAUUAAACAGCUUGAAAUUCAUUUGAUGUAGUGUCCAAUGAAUGCCCACUUUUAGUUCAAACUACAGUGGGUAGGCCAGUGGCUUUAAACUGCUGGAGUGUAUUCUUAACCGCUGUUGUCAUUGUAAAACUAAUGUUUGAUUUCCCCCUUUUAUUUUUUGAUUUUAUAUGUAAUUAGUAUUGUGCAACAUCAAGAUUUCCCUAGUCUUUUUAUCCCUGUUUAAGCAUCUUGCAAGUAAGAGUUAUGCCAUCUGUACAUAGUACAUAUUUAUAAGAAAAGAUUUUAUUUAGGAAAACUUCAGCGGCACUGAGUAUUAAUGUGUCUUUACAGCACAAAUGUACAAAAAAACUAUAUUAGCCAAAUUACAGCGAUAAAAAGAUAGGGAAAUCUUGGUGUUUAUUUGUCAGCAUUGUAAAUAGUAAUGAGUUCAUAAAAAUGUACACUCACAUGCGGGUUUGAAAUAUUAGCAACUCGGUAAACUUGUCUGUGUAAAAAUGUGUGUCUCUGUGUAAAGUAAAAUACAACAGAGAAAAAAUGUAGUCUUCACAAUCAUUAACUCUGACUGCCAAAAGUAUUCUGGCUACUAGUACAUGUAUAGCAGCUAAGUUUUGUCAGUCGGUUACUACUAUUGAAACUGAUGAAAAGCAGGCCAAGUUUCUUGAAAUCAACCUUGGAACUUAAUCCCAAGUUGCUCAAACCUAACCUGAGCAGCUUAAAGUGAACCAAGUUUAAAGCAAGCAGCAAAGCUGAAGUGCAUGUAGUCAUCCCAAGUUAUCUUGCAGCUUUUGUACUGCAACAGACUCCUUACUGUAAAAUGAGAGAAAAGUACAUGUGAAGUUUGCUUUGAAAUCCAAAUCAGUCUUUGUGUUUAGAGAAUCGAGAUUCAAUCUUAUUAGACUGGUAUCUGUGAUGAUCACAGCAGCUGUAGUACGUUCUUGCCUUGGAAGUCUGGGAAAUCUGACCAACAUGUCCGCGCUCAUGGACCCUUUGGUUUGCAAGGCACACGUACCUGAUUUUUAACACAUUUUAGAAACCAAAACCUGCAUGCCAAUAAUCUGGCAAUCGCUUUUGAAAGCAAGUUACAAUCAUAAAGAAGGUAUUACAGCUGGAAGUUGUACUAUAAAAGGCAAACUUUAAUUUUUUUUUCUGUGACUGGCAACGUACUGUACAUAUUAAAGACAAAGUCAAAGUCACAUCAUUAUUGCUUUGCCAAGAAGAAAAUAGUUAGCAUAUAAAGUAAGGCAUUGUCUGAAUCACUUGGCUAUUUGUACCUGUGGAAGCCACUAGUUAGCGACUGCAGCAACUUCCUAUAGACUCGUGUGCUAUUCGGACGCGGUCUAUCAGUUGAGGAGUUGGGUUUUUGGAUUUUCUCUGAUGUAUGAAGGUUCAAGUGGAAUAUGCCAGCAAUACAUUUAUGCGAAGGGCAUUUUGCGCUCCUGCUUGUUUGACUUGGUCAUGUUUUAUGUACCUCUCCUUUUAAUUCAAUUUAAUGGAUCCAUAAUUUUACAGUCUUUCACCAUCACCAAUCAAUUUCUUCCCUCUAGAAUCUCACUGGAAGCAAUAAUGAAUCCAAAUGGCCUAUUCGGACUUGAAUCUGUCGCUUAUUUUUUUAAUUGUGUAAGAGCCUUGUGUGUUGAUUUCUUCUGAACCUUGAUUUCUGCGGUGAAAAUGCAUCAAACAUUCCUGUGUGUUACUAUUACUGAGUGCAGGUUGCAUGUUGGUGCAACUGAUGUUAAUAUAAGGACAGGGAACAUAAUCCCCUAUUUUAAUUUAUAGGGGGGGGGGGGUGGGUGGAUGGAGUGAAGUUCAAUUGUACAUAUAUUUCCUUAAAUAGGAAAUAUGUACUACCUGAUAUCAAGUGGAAUAUUACGUAAAUCAUUUGCAAUUUCCUUGUCAUUUUCAUGGUUAUGACCAACAUGCAUCCUUGCUUGGGUCAAGCAAGAAUUUUCAUUUCUCUGAAUGAUUGUGAAAUGAAAAAAAUGUUGCCGCUGCGUUUGAAACUCAAGUUGUAUAUAACAAUGAACAUGGAAUAAUAUUAACCAUGGUCAGCCAAAUGAAAUAAGUUGGCAAGUAAUUAAGACAAUUUUGCCAAAAAUGGCUAGUUUUAAAUUAAGUUCAUUCUUGAAAUAAUCUUACUAUUUAUUUUUUGUUUAUUUUUAAAAGUUAGAAUGAUUGACUUACAGUUGAUGUUUUUGCAACUGUGAGCCAGUCAAUUUGUAGAUGAUUUAUAUUAAAUUGUUAACAUUCUGACUGAAGCAGUUGCAUUAUUCUGUAUAGAGGUAGCACAUUGGCAUAAUUAAAGAAAUUAUUCUUCAAAAUUACUUGUAUAUACUAAAGCUAUGCCAGUGCAGCUUCAUAAGAAUUUAGGGUUUAAAGAAAUGUUUUGUGUCAAUUUUAAAGGCUAUUUUGACCAAUAAAUGUUACUGAUGCAAGAAACAUUU